AUGCCUCCCAAGUUUGAUCCCAAUGAGGUGAAGAUCAUCCACCUCCGUGUGACCGGUGGUGAGGUCGGUGCCCAGUCUGCCCUGGCCCCCAAGAUUGGUCCUCUCGGUCUGUCCCCCAAGAAGAUCGGUGAAGAUAUCGCCAAGAACACUGGUGACUGGAAAGGUCUCCGUGUGACUGUGCGUCUCACCAUCCAGAACCGUCAGGCUGCCGUCUCCGUUGUGCCCUCCGCCUCUUCGCUCGUCAUCAAGGCUCUUAAGGAGCCCCCCCGUGACCGCAAGAAGGAGAAGAACAUCAAGCACAACAAGUCCGUCCCUCUGGAUGAGAUCAUCGAGAUCGCCCGCAAGAUGCGCUUCCGCUCUCUUGCUAAGGAGCUCCAGGGUACCGUCCUGGAGAUCCUCGGUACCGCUUUCUCCGUUGGUUGCCAGGUUGAUGGCCGCAGCCCCAAGGAUGUCUCUGACGACAUCAAGGCUGGCGAGAUUGACAUCCCCUCCGAGUAA